AUGCCGGGGGCCCGCCUAUUCCAACGAGACAGACUCGUCCAGAUCGCUCUCGCUCGCGCUCCGGCCAUGGCCGACGACAAUCAAGAACUGACCGCUCUGCGCAGCAAUGCCGACAAUCUUGGCAAAUGUCUCCAUGCACUUCUGGAACGGAUCGAAACACUCGAAGGAAAAUCCCGAGCUGAGGUCACCCAAAACGAUACAUCCGUCGUCAAUCAUGAAAAUGACCAUGACGAUCGCAACCAUCGGAAGGAAGAGCAGGUCGAGAUCAGCGACACCGUAAGCACCGAUCCGGUCACGGGUGUCAAGAAGCGGACCAUCGUCACCGAAAGAGUACUGACUACAAAAACAUUCCAUGCUCUAUCUCUCGAUCCUACUCCGUCAAUGGCACCAAUCAGUAAUGGCCGAAUACUCAGUCCAGGAUAUCAAGCCCGAGCUGUCCACAUCGACGCCAAGCAACUAAAUCAGAUCGAGGUAGAGAAGAUCUCUGGCCAACUGGUGGUGACCCGAGUAAAUGCGUCGGCAAACCACGAUAUCCAUCCAGGUGAUACUAUCACCCAUGUGAAUGGUAAAGCUGCAGUGGAUCACAGUUCUAUUACCGGACUCACUGGUCGAAUUACCCUCACUCUGGUGCCGACGGCUAUUCAUGGUGCUCCAUCUGUUUUCUAUCGUGUUAAUGCCGAUUACAAUUCGGAUUUGGAUGAUUCGAGAAUAUGUCGAUGGCUGUCGAUUGAUGUCAAAAAAGGCGAUGUUGUACAGAUUAUGAGUCAGGAUGAUAAUUGGAUUCAGGCUCGAAAAGUCAAUGAUCUGUCCAGAGUAGGCUAUCUUCCAGCAUCUUUGCCUAAAGAGAAGGUGGCAAUGUUGUGCCCGUUUGGUCGUCGAGUGCUUGUACUGCUUGGAGCAGUUGGUGUUGGACGAAGAACCCUGAAGUCCAUGUUAUUACACGCUGCUCCUCAAUAUUUCGCGACCGUCGUUCCUUUAACCUCGAGGCAAGCUCGUCCUGGUGAACAGGAAGGUCGCGAAUACCACUUUGUAACAAAGGAAGAAAUGUUACGGAAAAUUCGUGAAGGCGGAAUGGUUGAAUGGGGCGAGUUGGAUGGUCAACUCUACGGUACUUCUGCUGAUUCGGUACGAGCAGUGGUACGAAGUGGACGAAUGUGUGUGUUGGACUGUGCUCCCCAAGCACUUUCAUAUCUCUACAACUCAGAAUUCAUGCCGUUUGUGGUUCACAUUGUUCCACCUCAACUGGAAGAGUUUUUGCAAUUGGAAAAUCUGCGACAUCAUCGACGACCUGUUGAUCAACUGAGCAAGGUAAGCCAUUUCUGA